CUACAGUCGGAAUGAUUUCCUUGGCCUAAACAUCGGGGGAUUGAGUUUCAUGAAUUAAUUGCCUAUGUGAUGUAUCCUCUACUUCUGUUUGUUUAUCUAACAUAUUAUCUUAUAUAUGUAUGUGAGGGCUGACAUUCUCACAGCGUCGAGGUCGCCACUUCGACAGAUUUGUGGGUUUGUUGGAUGACGCUCAGGCUGCGUGAGACGGGCGGAGCACAGGGGAUGCGGGGAUGCACUGCAGCGGAGCGGAUAAUCUGUCAAACCUGAGCGUUGAUUGCGCCAAUAGCGUAAGGUUUCCUCCUCCUGCCUCCUCUCCUUUCCUUGGCGCUGAUUGACAUUCCUGCGGAUCAAAGAUCGCUUUAAUUUGCUGUUAUGCUAACUCGCAGCUGUGGCAGUUGAGUUGGCGUGCUGUGGGGAAGGAAGGAACCCAGCGUGAAAAGAUAAUGGCCACAGAGCAAUGGGAUCGGUAGUUUACCGCAGCCAUGGCCAGAUCAACAAACAGAAGCGCCAAGGAUGGAGAUUCAAGGGUGUCCGCUCCCACGGACCGGGCAGAGGCUCGGGACCUGAGCGACCCCAGGGAACUGUCUCUUGAAGAAGUGUUGAAAUCCUACGAGCAGCCCAUUAACGAGGAGCAGGCUUGGGCUGUGUGUUAUCAAUGCUGCAGCGGGCUGAGGGUGCCGCGCCCGGCCACUGUGACAGGUGGAGUUUCCCGUGUGAAGGACCCGUCCUCCAUACUCUUACUCAGAGAUGGGAUGGUUUCCCUACAACAACAGCUCUGCAACAACCAUGACACAGACGGACCUCCCCUCCCACCUAUCGCGGAGCGCCAGCUGGUCCAGUCUCUGGGCGUGGCAAUCUACCAGGCCCUGGACUGGGGUCUGGAUGACAGUGAGGAGCGGGAGCUGAGUCCUCAGCUGGAGCGGCUCAUUGAGCGCAUGGCAGGGGGAGAUCACAGCCUGGGGGCUGACUGUGGUGGUGGCAACGGAACUACAGAUGAGGGCUACAGUGGUCAGGAGGAGGAGGAAGAGGAGGGAGAAGAGGGGUCUAUGAGGCCAGUGGGUACAUUACGCCAGGUGAUGACACUUUGCGCUUCCAGACUUGCCAACCCUGCACUUGCCCCUGAGCACUACCAGGCCGUGUGCCGAGCCUUGUUUGUUGAGACUCUGGAGCUACAAACUUUCCUGACCAAAAUCCAAGAUACCAAGAAGAUGUUGAAGAAAAUCAAAACAGACGAUCCUCAGGAAGAUAGAGCUGAGAUUGAUGCACUUAAACACACAGACUGGACUCGUCUCUGGGUCCAGUUGAUGAAGGAGCUGAGACAGGGGGUGAAGCUGAAGAAGGUGCAGGACCAGGAGUUUGACCCACUGCCCACUGAGUUCAGCCUCACACCCUUUGAGAUGCUCAUGCAGGACAUCCGCACCCGCAAGUUCCAGCUGCGGAAAGUCAUGGUGGAUGGUGACAUCCCUACGCGGGUGAAGAGAAAUGCUCAUGAGCUUAUUUUGGACUUCAUCAGGUCUCGCCCUCCACUCAAACCAGCGUUAGAGCGAAACCUGCCCCCUCCUCCUCAGGAGAAGCAGUCCCUCCACGAACGUGUCCUGGCUGAAAUCAAACAAGAGCGCAAACUAAAACCUGUGGACCCACCCAGUUCCAAAAGAUCGUUUGGCUCCCUGCCCUGUCUGGCACACACUAGCCCGUGUGAUUUCAAAUCUACUUCCUGCAUUGACCUGUCAGGCUCAGAGCUAGGGUCCCGCCCCACUUCUCGUCUUCGUGUUCUGCUCAAAGCCCCUACUCUUCAAGAGAUGGAGGAGAUGAACAUGUUGGAGGAUGAGGAGUCUCCAGACAGUGGGGAGCUCUGCCGUGCUGAGAGUUUCCCCACAUCUAUGAAACGGGACCGCUCCUUCUCAGAACACGACCUGGCUGAGCUCAGGGGGGAGAUGCUCCCCUCACUGUCCGACUGCACCCAUCUGGAAGGGGCCGUGAUGCGGAGGGGUGAGAGACCAUGGUUACACGUGCUCUCAGGGGCUGGGCCACCCUCCAUGCACAGAGCCUCUCUUCCUGUGCCAGGCUGGGUGCCACCCUCCCCUGCCCGUCUCUCUCUCAGCUCAGUGAAUGAGACCACAGAGGGAGUUGAGACCGGCUCCAGUUCUCGGAAUGGCAAUAAACACCAGUGGAUGGAGGAAUUCAGUCACCCAGUGGAGAGUCUUGCCUUAACAGUGGAUGAGGUCAUCAAUGUGCGUCGUGUGCUGGUGAAAGCAGAGAUGGAGAAGUACCUGCAGAACAAGGAACUGUAUUACAAUCUGAGGAGAGGCAAGGUGUGCUGUUGCUGCAGAAUUAAGUUCCCCCUCUUUUCCUGGCCAUCCACCUGCCUGCUCUGUAAAAGGUCUGUCUGUGGAUUCUGCAGUGCAAAGAUGAAGAUUCCUUCCAAGAAGAUGGCCCACAUCCCAGUCUACACUGUGGGCUUUCACAGCAGCCCAAAGAGCCAUGGUCGCAAGAGUGAAGUCUACAAAUCUCUGUGUACUCUCUCCCGCCGGUCUGUGGAGGAGGAGUUCCCCCACCUGUACACCAGUGGCUGCAGCCUGCGGGAUGUUUGUGCGGACUGCACCAAGUUUGUGGCUGAUGUCAUCUCGUCCAGCCGCCGGAGCCUGGACAUCCUCAACAACACUCCCAAGAGGGAGAGUGCUACGCCCAAACCACAACCACAACCCCAGCCUCACGCAUCACCACAGCCACCCACCUUGAAGAGAAAAGACAAGUGAAUAGAUUGACUGUUGGUUUACCCCGCUUCCUUAGCAGGGUUGCCCCUGUGCUGCACUACUAACCCACUCAAAACACCCCACCAUUCCCCCAGCCUGCAAGUACCCCCCCCCCC